CGCGCUGAUUAAUGACUGAUUAAUUUAUUAGUACCUGAGCAAUAUAAAUUGAAUCUCGGCGGGUGGCUAUUAUCAAAUUCGCGAGUGCCGUGUGUGGUAUAGCAAUUUGGAGGCAAGAUGAUGCGCGUCAUCGUGCUCUUAUUUGGCCUAGGGCUAGCGCUGGCCUAUAAGAACCCUCACUACGCAGCAGGUCGCACCACCAUGGUACAUCUGUUUGAGUGGAAAUGGGACGACAUCGCGGCGGAGUGCGAGAGAUUCCUUGGGCCGAGGGGAUUUGGUGGUAUUCAGGUCUCCCCGCCCAAUGAGAAUUUGGUGAUCUGGUCAGCCAACCGUCCAUGGUGGGAGCGCUACCAGCCCAUGUCAUACCGGCUCAUCACUCGCUCUGGCAACGAGCAACAGUUCGAGAGCAUGGUUAGAAGGUGCAACGCUGCUGGUGUCAGGAUUUACGUUGACGCCAUCAUCAACCACAUGUCGGGUACAUGGAACCAAAACGACGGCACUGGAGGAAGCACAGCCAACUUCGGAGAAUGGCACUAUCCUGGGGUUCCUUUUGGCCGCAAUGAUUUCAACUGGCCCCAUUGUGUUAUCCAAGGAAAUGAUUACGGCUGCUGCCCGGAACGCGUUCGUAAUUGCGAGCUAUCAGGAUUGAAAGAUUUGAAUCAGGGAUCCGAAUACGUGCGUCAGAUGAUUGUCGGCUUCAUGAACAGGGUUAUUGAUAUGGGUGUUGCUGGAUUCAGAAUCGACGCUGCUAAACACAUGUGGCCCGGCGACCUCCGCGUCAUCUACGAUAGGCUACACAACCUGAACACCGCUCACGGUUUCCCGUCCGGCGCCCGUCCCUACAUCUACCAAGAAGUCAUCGAUUUAGGAGGCGAGGCUAUCUCGAGAGACGAGUACACCAGUUUAGCAGCAGUCACAGAGUUCAAAUUCGGAUUGGAGCUAAGUCGCGCCUUCCAAGGCGGUAACCAACUUACAUGGCUGACCAACUGGGGACCACAGUGGGGUUUAUUAGCUCAUGCAGACGCUUUGACCUUUAUCGAUAACCACGAUAACCAGAGAGGGCAUGGGGCUGGCGGUAACAUCCUGACUUACAAGAACGCUAAACCGUAUAAAGCAGCGAUUGCAUUCAUGUUGGCGCACCCGUAUGGAGAGCCGCAAUUGAUGAGCAGUUUUGCUUUCACCAAUACUGAGGCUGGACCGCCUAUGGACAACUCUGGAAAUAUUGUUUCUCCAUCUAUCAACUCUGACGGUACUUGUGGACACGGCUGGGUCUGCGAACACCGUUGGCGACAGAUCUUCUCCAUGGUUGACUUCAGAAACGUCGCUGGCAGCACUGGCCUCAACGAUUGGUGGGAUAAUGGCAGCAACCAGAUCGCCUUCUGCCGUGGUGGCCAGGCUUUCAUCGCGUUCAACAAUGAUAACUGGGAUCUCAACCAGAGUCUCCAGACAUGCCUCCCAGCAGGCACAUACUGUGACGUGAUCAGUGGCUCCAAGAGCGGAAAUAGCUGCACUGGCAAAUCCGUCACGGUCGGAAACGACGGACGUGCCAACAUCUACAUCGCGACACAUGAGUUGGACAUGAUGCUUGCCAUCCAUAGAGGCGAUAACUCACGGCUGUGAGAAGUAUCGCAGAAGAUGGACGUCAGAUGAAACCACCGAUUUAUUUUUUGGCCUAGUAUUUAAUAAUAUUCUGUUGUUGUUAAAUAAAUGUUAAAAAUUA